CAGUUUUUUUUCAGACUCCAAAGCCAUCCACAUCCAUUCCUUUUAAAUAGCGGCGUGCGGCAAAAAGAAAAUCGAGCGAAAAGCAGCCAAUCUUAUUGUUGUGAUCCUGAUUCCCCCCGAUCGCGGUUAUAUUUUUUUGUUCAGUGCAUCGAAGUGCGGGGUUUUUCACAGAACAAACGAAGCGGCAGGCCAAAGCGGACACGCAAAACAAAAAACGAAGUACGCAAAAAGGAGAAAAAGAGAAGCAGCAGUUUACAACUACACCAAAAUAAAAAGCCAGUGAGCCAGUGAGCCAGUGAGCAAGUGAGCGAGUGAGCGAGCAGAUCCCGCCAUCAUGAGCAAGAAGCCGACAGCCGGACCGGCGCUCCACAAGGUCAUCAUGGUGGGCAGUGGCGGCGUGGGAAAGUCCGCCCUCACACUGCAGUUCAUGUACGACGAGUUUGUCGAGGACUACGAGCCCACCAAGGCCGAUAGCUAUAGGAAAAAGGUUGUGUUGGACGGCGAGGAAGUACAAAUAGACAUAUUGGAUACGGCUGGUCAGGAGGACUAUGCCGCCAUUAGAGACAAUUACUUUCGCAGCGGCGAGGGAUUCCUCUGUGUCUUCUCCAUCACAGACGACGAAAGCUUCCAGGCAACCCAGGAAUUCAGAGAACAAAUACUGCGGGUGAAGAAUGAUGAGAGCAUACCGUUCCUGCUGGUCGGCAACAAGUGCGAUCUGAACGACAAGCGUAAGGUUCCAUUGAGCGAGUGCCAAUUGAGGGCGCAGCAGUGGGCGGUGCCCUAUGUGGAGACCUCGGCUAAAACCCGCGAAAAUGUCGACAAGGUAUUUUAUGAUCUAAUCAGGGAUAUUUCAUCGCGUAAAAAACAACGUCAGACGGACGUGAAACAGCCGCCGAAGCCCAAUUCUCAUUGCUGCCAACUGCUGUAGGAUGAACAACAACAACAAGAACAACAACAACAACCGAAAACAACCAUAUGAUGAACAACAAACCAACCAACCAACUGCAGCAGCAACAACAACUUGGAAACAAAAACGGCCACACGGAUAAUACCAACCAUAAUAUAUAAAAGAUGGAGAAGAGAACGAUAUGAUAUGUUAAUAAAUAAUUGACCUAGAGAACACCAGGACACACAAACACUGCGCUGAGAAUAUCUAAAUUAUUUGCCACACUCAAAACUCAAACACCACGUAAUCGUAAUCCAAGUUAACUUGCAUUGUAAUAUACAUAAAUAUAUAUUAUUUAGGAAGCCAAUUUCCCGAUAAACAUCAAAUGAAAAGCACACAGACAGCACACACAGCUUAGAAAUUCUGUCGUUUCGUUUUCGUUUUUUCUUUUCAAUUAUCGAUUUUUGUGUUGCCCUCACCACCCGUACAAUAAAAUGUUAAACAAAAACAAAACUAAAGCUUAAACUUAUUAAAUAUAAUCAAUCUUAGACACUUAAAGCAAACAGUAAUAAUUAUGCAAUUUAAUAAAUGCUAUAAAUAUUUCUCUUGUUUAAUUAUACAUACGCAAACAAUUUCUUGUAAUAUUUUAAAGUUUAAUAGCAAAAUGCAAACAACACAAACCAACAAGAAACCACACAGAAAAGCUUUUUAUAAAUACAUCUAAAUAUAUAUAUAAAUAUAUAUAUAUACAUAUAUAUAUAUUUAAAUAUAUAAAAAAUAGUUUAAAGUAUAAAACACUUAAAAUGCUAGAAAAGAGAGGAAAAAACAAAGGAAAACGAAAAUAAAAAAUAUCUCCAAUUAUUAAUUGUAAACGAAGUAAAUCGAAAGAAAUUUUUAAUGCAAUUUUUGUAAUUUUCUAAACCGAGAGCAAAUGAUUAGGGAUAUUAAAAAAAACACAAAUGGAGAAAGAUAAACUCAAGCUUUGAAGAAUUUUCUUUACUAAUGGUUAUUUUUUCACGCUGAAACACAUCCACUAUAUAUUUAGCAAUUACUCCCGAUUGAUUUGCAUCUUUGUUUACUUUUGUAAAACUGCAUUCUGUAUUGUAAUGUUUAAGCUAUUAUUAUUAUGAUAAUUAUUAUUAUUAAAUAUAUAAGUUAUAUAUGCAAUUAACUGAUGGUUGGUUUACAUUUUGUAUCAAGCAUUUCCCUCUUUCCCCUGUGAAAACUGUUGUGAAAAACAUGAACACAUGGCCUCACAACAUUUUUUUUUCCCAUUCACGGACACACAUGCAUAUAUCCAAACUAAAACAAGCAACAACCCGCAUUUUUUUUAUAUAAAUAUAUACACAUAAAUUAUUA